AUGGUAAAGUCUGCGCUUUUCCGAUGGAUUCAAAUAUUCGGGCAAAUAAGCUUUUUUGGAGACACGUCGCCCUAUUGGUUGUCGCGUUUUUUAUUGUGCUUUGCCAUUUGUGGUCUUGAUCUGAAGGCUCAAGAGGCAGCUCUUCGUCUGGGACCGGAUAUCGUGGUGGCGACUCCUGGACGUCUUCUCGAUCAUUUACACAAUGCUCCAUCGUUUACACUAUCGACUAUUGAGGUUCUGGUAUUGGAUGAAGCCGAUCGAAUGCUCGAGCAAGCUUUUGAGGAGCAAAUGAAAGAAAUCAUCCGUCUUUGUGCAACUAAAAGACAAACUUUGCUCUUCUCUGCCACAAUGACCGAUCAGAUUGAACAUCUUGCUAGUAUGUCGUUAAAGAAACCCGUGAAGAUUUUCAUCAACGAGAAUACGGAGACUGCUAACAAAUUGCGUCAAGAGUUCAUUCGAAUCCGUGGCGCACGUGAAGGAGAUCGAGAAGCGAUAGUUUCGGCAAUGGUUACAAGAACUUUCCAAGAGCAAACGAUUGUGUUUGUGAAGACAAAGAAGGACUGUCAAAGAAUGCAAAUUUUGCUGGGAUUACUCGGUGUCAAGGUUGGGCAAAUGCACAGCAGUCUGACGCAAGCGCAACGUGUUGAGGCACUUGCGAAGUUCAAACGGCGUGAGCUUGAUGUUCUCGUGUCAACAGAUCUAGCUGCUCGUGGUUUGGAUAUUGAAGGAAUUCAAACGGUUGUCAAUAUGCAUAUGCCGUCAAAUGUCAAGCAAUACAUCCAUCGUGUUGGUCGAACUGCUCGAGCUGGAAAGUCUGGUCGCUCAAUUUCUCUUAUUGGUGAAGAUGAUCGCAAACUUUUCAAAGAAAUCUUGGUGAACAAUCAAGAUAAAGUACUGAAGCAGCGAGUGGUUUCACCUGAAGUCGUCGAAGCUUACAAUAACCGUAUUAGUGACUUGGAGGAAUCGAUUCAGAAAAUUGAAGAAGAUGAAAAGGCUGAACGAUCCAUGCGUAUAGCUGAGGAAGAGAUGAAGCGGACGGAGGAACGUCUCGAGAAAGGAAAAACGGAGAGAGAUGGCAGAAAAUGGAUCAAAGAACCUACUGAUGCGGAGAAGCUAAGAAAACGCGAAGAAAACCGGAAACUGAAGUUAUUGGAGCUUAAGAAGAAGAAGACCGAAAAAACGACUGAAGAAAAGGAUUUGGAGCGAGUGCAAGCAUUCCAAGCACGUUCAGCAAAACGAGCUCGCCGCGGAAAGAGAAUGCGUGCCGUUGAGGAAGAUGAGCAUAAGAAAGGUGGACGAUCAGCUCAAAGGGGAAAUAAAAGGGGAAAAAAGUCGAACUUUACUUUGGCUUUGGCGGGAAUUUCCAAACAGGGAGUGAAAGCUGCAAGAGCUGGCCCCGAUGACGCAGGCUUCCGGUCGGCCAAACGAACUCAUAUGAGAGAAAUGGGUAUCUUGGGCGUGGCGGCGGCGGUGUUGAUUGUGUCGACGAUUUUGUACUUUUUCCUGAAACACCUCAAAAUUCGAGAUCAAUUGAAAGGACUUCCCGGUCCUCGCUCAUUUCCGAUCAUCGGCCAAGCGUUGGUCAUCAAACCCGAUGCCGAAGGAUUUAUGGAUCAAGUCAUGGGAAUGAGUCAUUUGUAUCCGGACAAUCCACGAAUGGUUCUCUUCUGGAUCGGCCCAAAUCCGGCGUUGAUGAUCUACAGCGCCCAACUGGCUGAACCGAUUCUUUCUUCAUCAAAACAUCUCAACAAGGGAUUCGCCUACAAUUUGCUGCACCCAUGGCUUGGAUUGUCGUUGCUUACUAGUGAUGCUGAACGAUGGCGACCAAAAAGAAAGCUCCUGACACCGACAUUUCACUACGAUAUCUUAAAGGAUUUCGUGCCCGUCUUCAACUAUCAUGCAAUGAUUUUGGUGAAAAAACUCGCGGAAGUUAAAGAAAAUGAGGUGAUCAAUUUUGACUCUUACGUCACCCUGUGUGCUUUGGACAUUAUUUGUGAGACAUCGAUGGGGAGACGAGUAAACGCGCAACUUGAGGCCAAUAGCUCGUAUGUUAAAGCAGUAUACCGGAUCAACGACAUUGUACAAAAUCGCACAAAGAACCCUCUGAUGUGGAACAAAUGGAUUUUCGAUCGCUUCGGUGAGGGAAAAGUUCACGACGAAUGUUUGGAAGUCCUCCAUGGGUUUACACAAAAGGUGAUUGCACAAAGGAAAAUCGAGCUCGAGAAAGCCGAAUGGCAUUUCACGGGAAGGCUUGCCUUUUUAGAUCUUCUGCUGGACAUGGCCCGGCAAGAUCAAAUUGGUCAUGAUGAUAUUCAGCCUGAGGUUGACACUUUCAUGUUUGAAGGUCAUGACACAACUUCGACCGGCUUGGCUUGGGCUUCACAUCUAUUGGGCAACAACCCUGAAAUUAUGAAGAAGGCUCAAGAAGAAGUGGAUCGGAUCAUUACGGACUUUGGCGAGAUCGGAGCCGAAGCGCUCUCUGAAUUGAAAUAUCUGGACUGCUGUGUCAAAGAGACGCUACGACUCUACCCGUCAGUGCCAGCUAUUAUGCGAGAAUUGGGCGAUGACCAGAUGAUAGGCGGUUUCAAAAUUCCGUCCGGAACUCACAUCAUCAUCAAUCCAUAUUUGAUUCAUCGGGAUCCCGCACAAUGGCCAGAACCAGAACGCUUUAACCCGGAAAGGUUUUUCCCUGAGAAUAUGAAGGGGCGGCACGCUUUCUCGUUGAUACCUUUCUCGGCCGGAAGUCGCAACUGUAUUGGACAACGGUUCGCAUACAUGGAGAUGAAGACGGUGCUCGCCUGGAUGCUCUACUAUUUUGAUAUUGAAAGUGUCGAUCGCCGCUGUGAUGUUUCGCACAAAAUGGAGCUUAUUCUUCGCCCAGCUGAGGGGAUUCGCCUUCGCCUUAAACAACGACGUCCUAUGCCUGCU